CGGUUUUGUGAGUCGAGUGUCAAGUGUCACAUUCAGAAUCUGUCAAAACAAAUUGGUCAAUGAUACUUGUGUCGAAAUUUCCUUAAUUUACCAACAAAAUGGGUCUAUUUGGCAAAUCGAAUGAUCGAAAUCCAAAAGAAAUGGUAAACGAAUGGUCACACAAACUACGCAAAGAAGGAUAUAAUUUGGAUAGACAAAUUAGAGCAAUACAGCGUGAAGAGGAGAAGAUCAAACGUUCGUUAAAAGAGGCAGCCACAAAAAACGAUAAGCAAGUGUGCACAAUAUUGGCGAAGGAAAUCAUACGGUCGCGGAAGGCCAUCAGUAAAAUAUACACUAGCAAAGCACAUUUAAACUCAGUACAAAUGCAGAUGAAGAAUCAGUUAGCUACUUUAAGAGUUGCGGGAUCAUUGCAAAAGUCCACAGAGGUAAUGCAAGCAAUGCAAGCCCUUAUCCGUCUACCCGAGAUAGCCAACAUCAUGCAAGAGAUGAGUAAAGAGAUGAUGAAGGCUGGCAUCAUUGAAGAGAUGCUGGACGAGACCAUGUCUGCGGUGGAAGAUGAGGAGGAAAUGGAGGAAGCGGCACAGAGUGAGGUUGACAAGGUGCUAUGGGAGCUCACGCAGGGCAAACUGGGAGAAGCCCCCGCGCCGCCCACGGCCGUCGGGGCGCCGUCCACGAGCCGCGAGGCGGAGCCCGAGCCAGACGAGGCGGAACUGGACGAGAUGCAGACGAGACUGGAGGCGCUGCGAUCUUAGUGAUACGAAACGUACUUAUAAAGGACUCGCUAGACGGCAUGGAGCGUCAAGUCUGCUAUUGCCUUGUACUUUGUACAUAAUAAGUUCUAUGAGAAUCGCUUAACGUUUAAUGUUGUGCAUUUUCGAAUAUUUACAAUUAUUUUUACUAUAAAGUGUAUUUAUUUACUAAUUGGCAGGACUAACAUUAUAUUCUGUAUUUACACUUACAAAAAAAUGUUAACUGAUUAUUUUUAUGGUUUAAGAACCCAUGCAACGAUAUUAACCUAUUCAACGCUAAUCACCACACAUUGUCGUUAAUAUUAUGUCUGUAUGAAGCAUUUCUUUACCUAGAAAACUAUGUCGGUUAUGGCAUAAUAGCGAUGACUGAGUCAAUAAAUAAAACAAAUUUUCGUGGAAUACAAUGCAAAACGUCGCGUUGCCCCUUUAUUAUCCAUAAAACUUUAGGAACCUGAUUUAGUUAAAUUAUGUUUAUGCCUUUCUUACAAACACACAAGUCAAAAUGACAGAUAAGGACAAACGAUUCAUAGCUAAUUCAGGCCAGAAACUCGUUUAUGAAUAAGGCCAUUCGUUUCUACAGAUUACCGCACCGGAACGCGAAGUUGGUGCGGUGCGGCGCACGUAUCGAUAGUGUGUAAGGUGAUCGCCUGUGUUGACCUAUAAGUUAGAGCGAGAUAGAGAUAUUUUGAUCGCACCAAGGUCACUGGCCGGUGCGGUAGUCUGCUACGACUAUUAUAAUUGCCGCAGCACCAAGUGGCGAGUCGGGCAAUAAGUCAGAUACCGUAACCUUUUGUGCCCGCAUUACUGUUGCGUUGUGAUUCUCGCUCCAUUAGGCCGUGCAAGUGCGAAAGAGAUAGCAUGAUUCCGAAAAUAUGCGACCUGACUCGCCACUUAUAAAAAUAGUUAUUACAUUUGCGACAAGUAGGUAUAGUUGGUGACGUUCGAAGGAUCUUUAGUCUCUGUGUUAAAUAUAAUAAGUAACCAUUUUUUAUGAUAAUUUAUUUGUUAUUAAUAAAUUUCACGCUAAUUUUCUUCCAAUAUUUGAUCACUUGUCCCUAAAUUAGAACAGAUUUAACUGUUAUUACAUUAAGAAAGUGUUAUUUAAUCUUGUAUAAUUUGUUUCCAAUGUUACCUGUAUAAUUAAUUUGGCAUGUUUUUAUACAGAGUGUUUUUUUAGGAACUCGAUCACAAAAGUUAUUGUAUAAUUACUAUUACAUAUUAUGAACAUGCUGUUAUAGCUUGAAUGUGAAGUUUAUACGAUUGAAAUAAAUUAAUGCACUAAUCAUA